AUGACGCCUAAUAUCCAAACACUAUCUAUUCCUUCAGCUACAGUGCAAUCGCACGCCUCAAAUCUUUUGCAACUCCCAGACAAGACUGUACUUUGUACCUGGUUUGGUGGCUCUCAAGAGGGUCUUCCAGAUAUCUGCAUCUGGCUUUCUCGACUCGAGCCGGGGUCUUCUUCCUGGAGUACCCCGCAGAAGGUGUCUUCUGAUGAAAACAGGAGUUGUCAAAACCCUGUCUUAUUUAGAGCACCGCAUAACGGACAACUAUGGUUACUACACACUUCUCAAGAUGCUGGUAACCAAGAUGGAGCUUAUAUACUUAAGCGGACAUCGUCAGAUGAGGGUAAAACAUGGUCCGAGGCUAGUCGUUUGCUUCAAGAUGCGACGGGUAUCUUUAUUAGACAACCCGUUGUUAUCAACAGCGAAGGUGCUUGGAUUCUGCCAGUCUUUUAUUGUCGCGCAGAGUCUGGACAUAGAUGGAUCGGAAGUGAUGAUAUUUCCGGCGUUCUCUAUUCUCAGGAUAACGGAACUACAUGGAAAGAGAAGCAAGCGCCUGAUAGCGUUGGGUCUGUUCACAUGAACAUCAUCCCACCUGCCUCGGGGCAAUCAACAUGGGUUGCUUUCUACCGCAGCAGAUGGGCAGACAACGUCUACCGCUCAACAUCCCAGAACGGAAUAGACUGGGAGGAACCGAAAGCAACCUCUCUUCCCAAUCCCAAUAGUGGCAUCUGUGCUGCACGUCUCUCCUCAGGUCAUGUUGCACUCGUGUUUAACAGAUCUAGCGCAUCCGUAGAUACGCUCAAACGCAAGGGUCUCUAUGAUGAUAUCACUCCUGAAGACGACAAGCGGCCCAACCAGGUUACCAAGUCGGGCAAAGAUGCGAUUUGGGGAACCCCCAGAAAGACAUUGACACUUGGGGUAUCACAGGAUGAGGGGUUGAUUUGGAGGGAGCGUGUGCUCGAGGAUGGUGACGGUUUCUGUGGAACAAAUAGUUCUUCGGGACAGGAGAACAGGGAAUUGAGUUAUCCCAGUAUUUACAUUGAGAAGAAGGGCGAUACGGAUGUAGCUCAUGUGGCGUAUACGUGGCAUCGACAGCACAUCAAAUAUGUUCGGAUAGACGACGUCGAUGGAUGGGUUCAGUCCAAGUAA